UAGCCGUUCCUGCUCAUCCGAAACGUAGCGAACGGUGGUGAUAAAGGUGGCGAACAGAAAUGGCGACUGCUUCGAGAAGAAUAAUAUGUUUUGUUAGUAAUUCUCUAUUCUGGUUAAUACUGUUGUCGCAUUACCAGCAAUAUGUAUGUGUUAAAGUGCCUCGAAAAUAUCUGCAGACCGAUUUAACAGAGCUAGGUAGCAGCUUUUCAGUACCCGUAUCGGUUCCAGCUCCGGGUAAAAAAAGUGACACUGUCACCGAACCAGAGAUGGGAGGUGCAACAUCGAACAGAUCAGUUGUGCCGUUGGAUGAGAACAAGAAAAGUUUUUCCAAGGUAAAACUUUACCAGGAACAAUUAAACACAAAAAAGUCCCAACUAUUGCCUGGUGCUGUGAACAUAAACGAGGAAACUACACAUUUGCUUGGAGUUAAUGGUACGGGACAGCGCAAAGAGUACGCGAUCGAUGGUGACAGUGUUAACAAAACUGCUCUCAAUACUUCGACAAAAUUGCUGGGCACGUCCGGACUAAAUACAUCUGUAGUACAAGAAUCUCCCGGAAGUGAUCCAAUCAGCGAUGCAAUCAAUAUCGAUACGAUCGAACGUACUGAAGCUGAAUUAAACAGUACGCUGCAAGAACAUAAUAUAACAAAGACAAUUGAAGAGAAUCAUCUGUACUAUAAGAGCAACUGGUCCACCGAUAAAGCGAUGAGUGAAGAAUUUUGGAAAAAGAUAACCGCGAACCUAACCGUCAAUAUGCUGCUCUCCAAUUCCCAUCGCCGAGCGACAACCAUGCUUCUUUCUUUCGACUUUCCAUUCUACGGUUUUCCCAUUCGAAAUAUUACAAUUGCAAGCGGAGGGUUCCUCUAUACAGGAGACUAUGUGCAUUCCUGGCUGGCAUCAACGCAGUACAUAGCUCCUUUAAUGGCAAAUUUUGAUACGGCACUGUCCAGUAGCUCCCUCGUGAAAUAUCGUGAUGAUGGUGAAACUUUCAUCGUUGUUUGGGAAAAUGUUAUUCUUCAGGAUCGACCAAACAACGGAACAUUUACAUUCAGUGUCACGCUGAACAAAUCGGGAGAUGUUGUGUUUGCAUACAAAAAAAUUCCCAUCAGUAUCCAACAGAUAUUUGAAAACCCGCUUACCAAAAAUCACCCAGUUAAGAUAGGACUUUCGGAUGCGUACAUCAUUGAUAAAACUAUAAUGCGUACAAAGCAGAAAACGAUAUACGAAUACCAUCGAGUAAAUUUCGGUCAAACUGAAGUACAAAAUGAUACCAUCAUCACGUUAACAGCUCUGCCUACCUGUUUUUCGUUCAAAGAUUGUGCAUCCUGCAUCACUCACGAAGGAGCUGACUUCGAGUGUUUAUGGUGUCCGACGAUUAAUCGGUGUUCUACUGGUACCGAUCGAAAAAGACAAGAUUGGGUACAUAAAGGAUGUGAAAACACAAUGAUUUUCGAAGCAUUCAAAUGUCCGCCUCUUGGUCAAAAAGGCAAUAACUAUGGAGAAUCGGUUGAAGUAACAACCAAACCAAACGUCAACAGAUACAAUUCCACCAACAACGUUCGGGAUAAUCAGCAGCCCACACAAGAUCGGAAACUGGACCAAAACACCGCUCCAAACGGUGUUAUGCUGAAUGGAAGUGAUAUUUACCGAGGAUCCAAAAACGAUGAAUUCGUCAACAAGGCACAUGUGUAUCACACAUCAGACAUGCACAGUGGGUCAAGCAAUAAGUUGCUAGUUUCUAUGCUGAUUAUCCUUGGGAUGCUGCUAAUGUCCGGCUGCUGGGUGUUAUAUGCAUAUCGAAACCCACACACAAAGAGUGGUCAGCUGCUAAUUAGGUAUCGUCCUAACAAGUGGCUAUGGCGGCGUGGCGAGGCACGGUAUACGGCAGCUUCCAUCCACAUGUGAGAAUGCGACUUACGUUGAACCCGAUGUCUACGAAAUAUUCCGUCCAAUUCAU